AUGAGCAGGAAAUUCGACAAGUCGAAGCUGCCGAGCAGGCACAUCACCGAAGGGCCCAAGAGCGCCGCACACAGGGCGUUCUUCUACGCCAUGGGCGUCUCCCGCCAGGCGGUGAGCCGGCCCAUCGUGGGCGUCGCGACCACCUGGAACGAGACCGCGCCCUGCAACAUCACGCUCCGCCGCCAGGCGCAGGCUGCGAAGGCGGGCGUGGACGAGGCGGGCGGCACGCCGCGCGAGUUCACCACGAUCACGGUGACCGACGGCAUCGCCAUGGGCCACCAGGGCAUGAAGUCCUCGCUCGUCUCGCGCGACGUGAUCGCGGACUCGGUCGAGCUCACCAUGCGCGGGCACUCCUACGACGCGCUGGUGGGCAUCGCCGGCUGCGACAAGUCGCUGCCGGGCAUGAUGAUGGCGCUGGUGCGGCUCAACGUGCCGGGGGUCUUCCUCUACGGCGGCUCCAUCCUGCCGGGGCGCUUUCGCGGCAAGGACGUCACGAUCAUGGAUGUCUACGAGUAUUACGGUAAGCUCAACGAGGGCAGCGUGACCGAGGAGGACCUCGCCGAGAUCGAGGCGGUGGCCUGUCCCUCCGGCGGCUCCUGCGGCGGGCAGUUCACCGCCAACACCAUGGCCUGCGUCUCGGAAGCGAUCGGCCUUGCGUUGCCCGCACUCCGCCGGCGCGCCGGCGGUCUACGAAUCCCGCGACGAGUUCGCCGUGGCCUCGGGCACCUGCGUCAUGGACCUGAUCGAGAAGAACCUCCGCCCGCGCGACAUCGUCACCCGCAAGGCGAUGGAGAACGCGGCGACGGUGGUGGCGGCGACCGGCGGCUCGACCAACGCGGGCUGCAUCUGCCCGCGAUCGCGCACGAGGCGGGGAUCGACUUCGACCUCUCCGCGGUGGCGGAGGUGUUCAAGCGCACGCCCUAUAUCGCCGACCUCAAGCCGGGCGGCCGCUACGUCGCGAAGGACCUGUUCGAGGUGGGCGGCGUGCCCAUCGUGCUCAAGGCGCUGCUUGAGGGUGGCUACCUCCACGGCGACUGCAUGACCGUGACAGGCCGCACGCUUGCCGAGAACCUCGCCGAUGUCAGGUUCCCCACCGAGCAGGACGUGGUGGUGCCGACGUCUGCACCACUCUCGCCCACUGGCGGCGUGGUGGGGCUCAACGGCAAUCUCGCGCCGGAAGGGGCGAUCGUGAAGGUCGCCGGCCUCUCGCGGCUCCGCCAUGUCGGGCCGGCGCGCUGCUUCGACACCGAGGAAGAGGCGAUGAAGGCCAUCGUCAGCCGCGACUACCGCUCGGGCGACGUGAUCGUCAUCCGCUACGAGGGGCCGAAGGGCGGCCCCGGCAUGCGCGAGAUGCUGGCCGUCACCUCGCAGAUCUACGGCCAGGGCAAGGGCGAGGAGGUGGCACUUAUCACCGACGGCCGGUUCUCGGGCGCGACGCGGGGCUUCUGCAUCGGCCAUGUCGGGCCGGAAGCUGCGGUGGGCGGCCCCAUCGCCCUGCUGCGCGACGGCGACCAGGUGACCGUCGACGCGGCCAGCGGCGAGCUCAGCGUCGCGCUCUCCGAUGCGGAGCUCGCGGAGCGCCGCAAGUCCUGGGCGCCGCGCUCGCACGACUAUCAGGCGGGCGUGCUCUGGAAGUACGCGGUGACCGUGGGCCCCGCCUACCAGGGUGCGGUGACGCAUCCCGGAGGGGCUGCGGAAACGCAUUGCUUCGCGGACAUUUGA